AUGGUGAGGAUAGCGGUUUUUGCUAGGCGUCUGAGCAUGUCUGCUGUUCGUAUGCAACAGGUGACCCCGCUGCCUUUACACCUGAGACCCGAAGCCUGGAGGGGCAGGAACCCGGACGAGAUUUUCAAAUUGUACAAAAUGAGGUUGGCCGCUCUGGGAACAGAGUACAAGCGUGAUCCACGUGAACUUGAGGCACUUCUGUCGACUUCCUCCGUUUCGGGGUUGAAAUACGACGAAAUCGAAGCUCUGUACUACGGUGGUGAGCUUGAAUCUGAGACCAUGUUGGAGAUUGACGAGGAAGACGACGAUGAGCUGGAAUUUCCCAAAUACGAGCAUGACGAAUACUCAACUGUUACGCAAGAUAUUAUUGAUGAGCACAGAGAACAGAGAGAGUUCAACCGAAUUGCGGCCUAUGAGAUGCCCCAUCUGGCCAAGUUCAGACAGGAAUACACUCCAAUAAAAGCCACCGAGACUCCAGUCAAGCUACGUUACACAUCAUAUCUCGGAGAGGACCAUCCUGCCGAAAAGAAGGUUGUUUUGACCACUGUUGUUGCCGAUCUCGGUCUGGGAGAGGCUGAAGCCCACAAGUUUAAGGUGCUCGCGGGCGUAAGAUACAACUACAAGACUGACACUUUCAAGAUGUCGAGUGACAGAUUUGCAGAGGCUACACAGAACUCCAGAUACUUGAGCGAUACACUGAACGCUUUGCUGAGAGAGUCGAAGGACCUUUCCAACGAGACUUUCGCGGACAUCCCUCUGGAUGUGAGGCACAUUACGGCGAAAGACAAAAAGCAAUGGCACCAUGCCAAAAGACAGUAUUCUUUUCCUAAGGAAUGGAGGAAACCCCAGGAUAAGAAUGCGAAGAAGUUCAAUCCGUUCAAGGAUGCAAUUGGAGGGUCGUUUGCGUGA